CUACGCGCCGGAAGUCGAUAAAGCGUAGCCAUCUUGGAUUGAUUUUUACGAGCCCCGCGGGUGGCGAUUCUAAAAGCACGAUCAGCGUACCUCCGCGACUUGUAGACGACACCCGAAAGGCGAGCAGUGGGCCAUGGCCGACGACAAGGUGCAGACGGCGGUGCCCGAGGUAGAGGAAGACGAGGACCACCCAAACUACAAGCCACCUGCGGCCAAGAGUCUCAAGGACAUCGUUGAGGCCGACAAGGAGGACCCGUCACUCCAGAAGUACAAGGAGACGCUGCUAGGGGCCGCCACUGCAGAGGCCAUUGUUGUCGAACCGGACAGCCCCAACCGCGUUCUUGUGAAGAAGUUGGUGCUGGUUGUCGAGGGCAGACCUGACAUCGUGCUCGAUCUCACAGAGGACUUUGAGCAGAUCAAGAAGCGCACGUUCAUCGUCAAGGAGGGCAUUCAGUACCGGAUCCGGAUCGAGUUCUUUGUGCAGCGCGAGAUCGUCACAGGUCUCAAGUACGUCCAGAAGAUAUACAGGCAUGGACUGCAGGUGGAGAAGAUGAACCAGAUGGUGGGCUCGUACGCCCCCAAGAAGGAGAUCCAGUCCUUCACGACGCCGCAGGAAGACAUGCCAUCGGGCAUGCUCGCCCGUGGCUCGUACACGGUCAAGUCUCUCUUCACCGACGACGACAAGCACGAGCACCUCAAGUGGGAGUGGACCUUCGAGAUCAAGAAGGACUGGGACGACUAGACGUAUCCUCACCUCCGGGCUCGGACAGUGACUCGGAACCGCAUCCCCAGCGGUUUCGCAUGCCCAACCAUCCCCCUCCCUCCCUCGGCCAGUGGCAACCCACCACUAGCGGUGUAAAAAGGCACCAAGAUUAGCCGCAGAAGGCAGAUCAGUGUGAGAAAUUUGUUUUCCAUCGCUCCUACUCUUCAUUCGUCCCGAGAAGCUGGGUGACAGCAGUGUUGGUUCCUUUUAGUGUAGCUGGCCAUGGCAUUGCUACGUUGCUUUUCAACGUCGGCACCCCCUGCUUGGCGGCUAACCAAGCCUGCCUGCAUGACGUGGCAAGGGUGAGUCUUCUACACUACUCUAGAAGCUGCCCCUCAACAUUACUGUGCAAGCACAGUGUCGCCUCUUAUAUCACGUGGUCAUUGGACUUCAUUGGCACUGUUAUGUAGAUGCUGCGAGUGCGUUGUUAUUAAAGUUCAGCUCACCGUUCACGAAGGAGUUUGAAAGUUUGAAAGUUUAUUUAACAUAAGUAAAGAAGUAAGUGCUGUUUAAACGCAGAGGCCACGUCAUGCAAGGGGUCGUGUCAUCCGCUUUCUAGAUUUAAGGUUGAGUGUCAAGAAGGGGAAAGUUUAAGAAUGUGAGAGUAGGUGGGAAGAAUUCAAAUUUCUCACUUUGUCUGGCUCUGCCUCGUAACGUUGUCAUUGCUCCCAUAUAUAUGGGAGUGGUGAAGAUGGCUAGGAAAGCUGUUGCUCUAAGACCAAAGAGUGGUUGUACAAGGUUUCCCGUCGUUUGCUGGAAGGCAAAUUGGAUCAAAUGCUGGAUGCCGAGACGAUCUCUUCGAGCAAGCAGACACACACAAAAGAAGUUCGCAUUGUUGCCGCGUUGUUUCUGGAAGCAGAAGUUCCUCUAGACCCCCACCGUUGGUUAGCGGAAUUGCCCUCGGUAGUGUUGUGACCGCGAAUGUUUCCGUCGCAUGAAGGGGGGGGGGGGGUGAGAAUGCGGAUUGUGGGUAGUGAUGGCCAGCGUUCCUGCAUUUGUUGUCGCCGCACCAACGCUCGCAAUCGCCGAACGACAACGGCUGAAGCUGCCUCCGUCGUCGGGCUGCAUUUGUUGCACCAUUUUGCGUACGAGGCUUGUUGCGAAGGCCACAGUGAAGCUACUUAAUUAAUGUGCACCUCUGAAAGAGGUGAAAAAAAAAAAAAAAGCCACACGUUGAUGACACAUCAGACUGACAGACACUGUUGAUUUAAUGGUCUCUUUUUUUGGCAGCGUGCAUGCUUUUUCACUAUGGCCGCCAGAGUGUAGCAGUUUCAGCUGCUUUGAUUGCUCACUGGAAGAAAUGUUUUGGCAGGUUUCAUGUUGUGGUGCGUUGCCACUGGCCACUGAGUGUUCUCCUAAGUUCUGCGAGAGUCGGAAGUUGAGUGGACCGUUCUUUCUCUCCUCCUCUAGCUGUACAUAAUGAGGCGUCGUUUCAAAUGUCUUACAUGCUUGUAUUUUUAUUCUUUUGUUUUCCACGGUUUGUAGUCGCUCGUCUUUAGCCGGCUUGUUCGGCCAGUGCGAGCAUGAUCGAUGACUGCGACGUCUUUAUUUUUUUCCGACUCGUUUUGUUUUUGUGUGUACCAGUUUGCUCAGUUUUAUUCAACUGGGACCUCUUGUAUUUCUUCCCUCUCUCCCUCUUUAUUUUUUCGUUACUUAAACUAACCGCACAAUACAUCGGCGUACAGAGGCGAACGUCGUUGGAGGAUACCCGCGACGUGCCCAGGAAAUGCUGCCUGUCGGAUGGACAGCAGCAGGCUGUUUGGAGCUUUUUGCAAUGUGCGGGAACAGCUUUUGAUGCCUGACGAGAAUUGUGGAUUAUAUGAGUAUUUUGAUAGCACAUUGUGCAUCUUGAAAAUCUGGGAUGCCAUUUGGCUCCCGUACUAUAAGGAAAACAAAUAAAGCUCGGUGUGGCCACGCUCAACUUUUGUAAUGAGAAUAUUAGUCUAGUAAUAAUGCUGCAAGUGCACUAUGCAAAACUGGAGCUGUGUUCUUGACCGAUCACUCUUGGCAAUGGUUACAAGCCGGUGAGGCAGUCGAUGUUAUGAAAGGAUUGGCACAGCUUCUAACGGUGUUGUAGUUGCGUUUCUCAAGUGGGUUUGACCAAAUGGCCAUAAGGUCUUUUGAGGUGUUCCAUUAGAGGUUAUGUGAAGCUAAAGUGAAUACAGUAUCCUCGAAAGUGAUCGGCCUGAGAACACUGACCCCGGUGUGAUGUCUGAGAGACCUUUUUUUUUUUUCUUCUUUUUGGACCGCCGGCACAGACACUGCGCUCUGGAUGUUGUCUUCCUGACACAUUGGUGUAUAUUGAGCUGAACGAACUUGCGGUAUCAUUUGCUUUGUUAUUAAUGAGUUUUACAAUGGAUUUCUUUUAAAGAAUGUAUGUUAACAUGAAGCCAUGUUAACGUACAUUCUUUUGUUGACUGCGAUGGAAGGUUGCCAAACCGGUGUAGUCUGUUUAGUGCUUUGUGGACACCGACCACAGAGCGAGCAGACUGGAAAAUGCCGGCAAAAUAUUUUUCCUGCUCGCAAUGCAGAUUCUACGUGCAACACCCCUCAUGUUCCAAAGCUAGUUGCUCACGACAGUUUACCAAGUUUUGCUAUUUGUGUUUCUGUACAGUUGUACAUACAGUGUUUCGCUUGCGAUUCGUUCACUGAAAAUGUGCAAUGCCUGCUUAAUUUCUCUGCACGUAAUAACACUGCACCAGCCUCGCAGAUUCCUUACGUGGCACGUUCGCACUGCUGCAACAAAACCUUGUUACGUGAGCGCCGAAUCAAACAUUGUCGUGCCCAAAUUUAAGUUGUUCUUUUUCUCGCACGUGCCUUCGGUGGUUCCAUCACACGAUGUGCCUGCACCUGUGACCGCGUUUUGAUUGCACCGAUAGUUGCGUGCACCGUUUUUUCUAAGCUCGUUUGGAGCAGUAUUUCUAGGCACCGUUGUUGGACUUUUGGAAAGGUGAUGUAGUUGACUGUAUAGUUCGACCGAGCUUUUUUGCAGGAAGUCCUCGAUAUUUUGCACAGAAGCUAAGAACGUUGCGUUUGUCAUUCUGCUGGGGCCCCGAUGCCAUCCACUGCAAUAAAGCGUGUGCAACAAAUUUA